GAGUCGAAUUAUAAAUGUACACAAUGUCUUCAUAUUACCAAAGAAAUCGAAACUUAUUCACAAUCUGAUCGAGGAAAAAUGGCCGCUCCCCAAGAAAAACAUAUUCAUGAUAUCAAUGGAUCUUGGUUUCUUAACAAACGCCUCUCGGACCCACUUAAACAUGUUCUCCGACUCCAGAGUGUAAAUUGGCUUGUACGGCGCGCGAUAUCCUUUGCAGAUGUGACUAUCCAUGCCACUCAAUCAAAAGAUGAAAACGGGCUGGUGACUAUCAUGAUGGAUAAUGUGGCGGGCGUGGGACUUGCGGUUACGACCGAGAUAAGACGAUUAAAUUGGGAUACGCGAGAACACAAAGAUUGCAUAUGGGGCAACAUACGGAGGCGAAGCAGAUAUAUUCCCACUGCGAAUAUAGAAGAAGGCGAGAAGUUCUUGCAAUCGGGAUGGUUAGAAGAGACGGUUUCGGGGGAUUGUAUACAGGACAAGACUGAAUCCUCGACUGGUUCUUGGACAAGUGUUACAGUAUGGGGAUUUGAAAAAAUCAAAGGCGAGCGGAGAUUGGCACGACACAUUCUUGUUCGGAAGGGAUAUGAGAUUGCAACAGCUAGACUGGUCUAUGACUACAUAGGCCCUAUACAACACCACGUGCAGUAGACGGGACAGGAAGUCUGGGGGUUUUUUUUUUCACGGCGUUCACGGCGUGUCGUUUCGGAAAGGACAUGAAAAAUACGGUGCAGCCGGACCUGUUACCAAAGUUUCGAUAUCCGACAUUGGCAUGAUGAUAUUGCUCGUCAUGGGAAGCAGAAUAUUGGGCUCCUUGGAUGAUAUGAAGGAUUUCAAUUUAUGCAAAACAGUAUAGCAACUUUUUAAUGAUUCACACUUUUAUGACCGUAUCCA